ACACCAAUCAUCGCCCUUGAUUCUCUCCGGUCACUGCCUGGUCAGGGUUCCUGUUCCAUCUGCAGAUCGAUAACUGCACGAUCAGGACGUGAGUUCCGAGCGAUGGCGAAGCCGAGCGUGGGAGUCUCGGAGGUGGGCGUCUCGGCGGCGCCGGCGCAGGCGGCGUGCCCCUGCCCGGGGACGCUGUUCCCGUACCCGCCGCCGCGCGGCGCCGGGAUCGCCGCAUCCGUGCGGCGCAAGUGCCUGCAGGUGGAGCUCGGCGCCGGGGCGGCGGGGCUGCUGGGCGGCGCGUGGGGCGUCGAGUCCAUGCGCGCGUCGUCGCCGACGCACGCCAAGGCCGCGGCGGCCCUCGCCGCCGGCGUAGACGACGAGCGCGCCGCGUGGAUGGUGCGGCACCCGUCGGCGCUGGGCAAGUUCGAGCAGAUCGUGGCAGCGUCCGAGGGCAAGCGCAUCGUGAUGUUCCUGGACUACGACGGCACCCUGUCGCCCAUCGUGGACGACCCCGACGCCGCCUUCAUGAGCGAGACGAUGCGGAUGGCCGUGCGCAGCGUCGCCAAGCACUUCCCGACGGCGAUCGUCAGCGGCCGGUGCCUCGACAAGGUGUUCGAGUUCGUAAAGCUGGCGGAGCUGUACUACGCGGGGAGCCACGGCAUGGACAUCAAGGGCCCGGCCAAGGCCUCUUCCCGGCACGCAAAGGCCAAGCAGGCGAAGGGAGGAGUCCUGUUCCAGCCGGCGAGCGAAUUCCUGCCGAUGAUCGAGGAGGUGCACGAGCGCCUGGUCGAGACGACUCGCAGCAUCCCGGGGGCCAAGGUCGAGAAUAACAAGUUCUGCGUGUCCGUCCACUUCAGAUGCGUCGACGAAAAGGUUGGUUCUUCCGUUGCCCGCAAUUGGCCGUUGCUUUCCUCAUCCCGUCCUCACCUUUUCGUUCCGAUCGAGCCCCCACUCCACUCACUGGCAUUAUCUCCGGCGAAUGGCAACUCCAAAUCAAUCCACGCUAAAUAUAAAGCUUUUCCACCUGCGCACGUCGUCGAUCGAUCGCUAGUGGCGGACGCAACUACUAAUCAGCCUGCUGAUGUACAUGUGCAGAUGUGGGGCGAGCUGUCGGAGGCGGUGAAGGGCGUGCUGCGGGGGUACCCGAAGCUGCGGCUGACGCAGGGGCGGAUGGUGCUGGAGGUGCGGCCCACCAUCAAGUGGGACAAGGGCAAGGCCCUCGAGUUCCUGCUCGAGUCGCUCGGCUUCGCCGACUGCACCAACGUCCUGCCCGUCUACAUCGGCGACGACCGCACCGACGAGGACGCCUUCAAGGUCCUGCGGCGGCGGGGGCAGGGCGUCGGCAUCCUCGUGUCCAAGCACCCCAAGGAGACGAGCGCCUCCUACUCGCUCCAGGAGCCCGCCGAGGUCAUGGAGUUCCUGCUCCGCCUCGUGGAGUGGAAGCGACUCUCCAGGGCGAGGCUCAGGCUCAGGCUGCAAUGACGGUUCUUCUUGUACCUGGACAAUGCGGCGCCGGAUGCAAAUUAAAGGAGCUGAUUGAGAGAUGCAGUGGAUCUAGAACUGUUUGGUGUACCAUCUCGUAGAGUGCGAGAGCUCUGUUUUCCUCUCCCUUCUUCUUUUUCCCGAGGGCCCGAACGGGUGUAUGACAAGCAUGUACAUUAUGUAGUUAAUUGAUGAUGCUAUAUAUACAAGAGGAAAAGAAUCGAGUAACCAAGAACAAAUUUAUACC